AUUAUACAGUCCCACCCAAUAUAAGUCUGAGAAAAAACAAAUAUAUGUUGUUCUUCUUAGUUUUCAAUAUUAUAUUUCUCAAUGGUUAUUAAAACACCAUCAAUCACGGCCUGGCACUGACUCGUCAUACUUUCCACUAAACGAUGGGGCAAAGCGAAAUGUCUCUUCUCAAAUCAUUCGCGUUUUUUUUUAUAUUGGAUCUUCUUUCAGCGAUCCGACGUUUUAAGGCCCACCAGCUCUUGUUGAAUGGUGUCCAGCUAAAUGUGUUUGGCGCUGCAAGUUUUCUUUUUACCAGGUUUGAUAUAACUUUGAGUAUAUGGUACAGUGUGAUUGUUGGGUUGAAAGAUGAUGCACUCUAUCCUUCUUCCUCACAAUUGUUGCUGUAUCCUCUAGAUACUCAAUUGGGUUAUGGUCUGGAAUCUGUACAGGCCAGUACUCAAAUCAGUACCUGAACGUACAUCCAAAAAGCCUGUAGAGUUGGAGUAUUACAGAUUUGAUGCCAUCACCAACCACUGAAAAUACAUCCCAGAAGCCAGAAGAACUGGAGUACUAUCGAUUCGAUGCCUUCAUACGAGAUAUGAAGGCAAAAAACAAGAAAUAAAAUAGGCCGAGCCUUUUAUACCCCCCCCCUCCCUCACCACCACCCUAAAAAUAAAAGUUCAGAUCACUCUUCUCACUGAUGGAGAGUCUCCACAGUGUUCUGUUCCUAACAA